CGUAAGCUUCACUCGAAGCUGUGUGAGCGUGGAUGCAAAGACUUCUUCGCGAUUUUCACCAGUGAUCCUUUUGUUUUAAGCAUUAGAUGUUAUGAUGGCCACCCCUUCAUCAUGGACACUCACCCAGUCACACUGGAGCCUGGAAAAGGCAACGGCCUUUUACUGAUAGGAAAACAAAAUUCACGUGAAUUGUUGCAGAGUCUGUGUGUGUGGUUGUGGUAGCGUUUAGACCAUGGGGUGUGAAGCCCGGCACAUGUCAAUCACUUGCAGUUGCGUCUCCAAAAACCAGGUAAGUGCAUUGGUUAAUAAAUUUAAGUGGGAUAUAUAUUUUUAAAAUAAAAUUUGUACUGACUGAUUGUUAGUGUAAACAUCACACUUGUCCAAGUCAUAUAAAUUGACCCCUUAUGACAACUUCCUGUUUUCUGUGAUCAUUGCGAGUCGCAUGAAAUACCAUUCUAGUUAAAAAUUCUGUAAUUGAUAUUAAUCAGAAGGAUAUGACGAUCUGGUUUUGCAAUAGUUACAACUAACAGUUAAGACCGAUUCGCGAAGGGUGCUUCACGCGUUUUGAUCAAAUUAUUCGCACCUUAUUUACUGGAGAAUGCAAUUUUUGGUGGAAUUUCCAUUUUCCGUUUUAGUUCAACCUCGUUCUCUCUCACUCCGUAGGGACGGGUAGGAGAUGACCCUGGGAACAAGGUUGGUUUAAGUUGACAAUUUCAUUAAAGCGAUAAACUUCUGUGUUGCUGCAAACAAAACCUACAUUAGGCGUUAAGAACUUUGUGGGCAACACUUAUGUACCAGUCAAUUCCAAAAUCGCCCAUCUUCAGGGGGAACACCCUGGCAGUUGACUCUUUUGAAUAAUUUUGCUCCCAAAUCGCCCACCUACUAGAAAUAUUUCGAAUCUCCCGUAAGCAACUACCCAAAAUAAAAAGACUUCAUGGUCGCUUACAACAAUACCUUUAAAUAUCCAGAUUCACAAUUUUCCUAAUCAGCGUGCGAAACACUGUUUUGCUCUUUUGGUCUGCAAAAAGUAGUCGGUUUGCGAAAAAAAAAAAAAAGUGAAUUCUGUGAAGGGAUACAGGCUUUAUAUAGAAACAACAUUGAGAGAAAAUAUGAUCCCGGAGUACUCAAGGGGCGUAGUUAUGAUAUUUCCUCCCAAAUAACCGUCCGUCAAUUUAAAAGUCGUAACGCCGUCUCAAAAUUAACGUUGGUCAGUUAUCCUUACAUAUUAUUUUUAGUUAGGGUAAGAGUGUCUGAUGCAAAGUCUUAGUUCCUGGUGAAGAAACAAGCAGAAAGUGUCCCACUGACAGCUGCUCCAACGAUGAGGUUCAGUGCUCUGUUACAGAAGACAAGGAUAGGGAUUUUCAACCGCCUGUUAUGCGAACCAAGCGUCGUAGAGAUGAUGACGAACACUCAGUAAUAAAUCUUAUCCCGGAUGAUAGUAAGCGCCCUCGAAAAGAUCUUGGGAGCGUAAACCUGAUCACUGCCUCUCAGGCAUCAGCAGUUGUGUCACCACAGACCGAGUAAGUUUACCUUUGACGUAUGCAAGCUAAUAGGAUGAGAUACAUAACGGAACAGAUCAAUAUUUCUGAUUAAGAUGGGAGGGGCUUGAACAUAUUGAUGUGUAUAACUCACCAAUUAGUUUGCACGAUGUUACUGGCUAUUUUAUGUCACGUGGUGGACUGGCAUCAGUUAAUAUAUCUUGCCUUCUGCGAUAUUUGCCCUCCGAUUAUUUGAGAAUAUUGUUGAGAAUGACCCUAAGAUACACGAAGAAUAGCCAAUACCACCUACUGAUUAAUUUGAAGGCAAACAAAGCUUGUCCCUCUCUCGUGCGAUCAACCUUUCCAAUGAAAGAUUCCUCUCACACAAUAGUAAAUGGAGUGGCCCUGUUACAGUACCACAUAACGUCUGGAGAAGAGCAGGUGGACUUUCAUGUUGGUGUCCAUGGGCACAGCAGUAAAUUCUCAAAGGCAGCCUUUCAUCCUACAGCUAAGAGCACGCUUCAAGGUUUGAAACAAAAAGUAGGCAACAAUGCACCCUCUCAAGUAUAUAAAGUUGUGUAUGAUAAAGCAGGAGGUUCUAGUCAAGCCAGGAUACCAGGAACCUUACCACGUUCCAGAAAGCAGGUAUAUGAUUUGCAGUUUAGAGCUAACAAGGAAAACGAUCCAGUGGAAGAUUUAUUAGUUUAUGCCUGA